AUGACCACAACCAAAACUUUAACAGCUCGAACCAAGGCUCUCACUACAACCCCCAAGGCUACUGUAGCUAUGACAACGGGUACGGACAGUGGUCAAAGUUUCUCUCAUGCAGAUCCCAGCGGAAUGCCCAAUCAAUACUAUUGUGACCCUGCGGCCUUGGGAUCUUCAGGAUCCGCCGCAGACCUACAAGUAUCCACUGCCGCUACUUCUCCAUCCCAACCUCUUUCGGGAUCAAGCAUGAGUACCCACGACACUGGAACGUACGUAGAGCGGCACUCUUCCGAGUCUGAAUCUGACCUGCCAGGCCUCCCUGGAAAGUUCAACAAAUCUCCUUCAGCCGACACAGAACCAAGCACAAAGUAG